UCUCCAGGAUGUACAGUCACAUCCAGCUGGCCAGUAAACUCUCUCCUGGCUGUGACUAUGCCCUGUUCAAGGAUGGCAUCCAGCCCAUGUGGGAGGACAGCAGGAACCAGCAAGGUGGCCGCUGGCUGGUCAGCCUGGCUAAGCAGCAGCGCCACUGCGAGCUGGACCGUCUGUGGCUGGAGACGUUGCUCUGUCUGAUCGGGGACAGCUUUGAGGAGCACAGUAGGGAGGUGUGUGGUGCUGUCAUCAACAUACGCCCCAAGGGGGACAAGAUCGCCGUGUGGACGAGUGAUGCGGAGAACCAGGCCAGCGUGCUGCACAUUGGGCAGGUGUACAAAGAGCGCCUAGGCCUCUCCAUGAAGACGAUCAUCGGGUACCAGGCCCACACCGACACAGCCUCCAAAAGCAACUCCCUAGCCAAGAACAAGUUUGUGGUGUGA